UUUUUUGGAUCACUCUUUCCUUUGGCUCAGAGAGGCAGGUUUAACUUGACGCCAUUUCGCUUUCUCGCUUCCUCCCUCUCCCCUUCCCCCAUUUUUUACUAUCUGUUCGUUUUUUUUUAAUUUUUGUCACUCUGUCUCUCCUCUUUCCGCCUUCUUAUUUACAUUAUCUGUUUCCUUUUUCCGUGUCGCGCGUGUAGACCAGAAAGGAACAAAGGAGCGCGUAUAGACAAAGACUUCGGCAGCACAGAACCAACCCACAACGAAGGCCCAAAGGACAUGAUCUCGCCGUCUGAGCUACGGGCGGUAACAGAGGACAUAAAGCGGGUUGCACUGGCAGCCUCGUCAACAACAUCAGCACUGUCGUCGUCGUCAGAUGAGGAUCAGACGGAGAACACCUUUGCGCCGCGCGAUUACGAUAUCGAUCGGUUACAUGCAGACGAUGCGCGGGAUAAGGUGUUUGUGGCCAUUCUCAAGGCGCUGGUGGCACGCAACAACAAGCCCAGCUCGCCAAAGGAACUGGCUACAUGUAUCAUGAAACACGAGUUCACGCUGCUAGGUGGAGCAACCCCCUACGCGACGGUCUCAUCGCGGAUAUCGCAGCACUUUAAGCGGAUUCUGGAACACGUUCCGCCACGACCUCCAAUUCUGGGCCGGGUGGCUCACGAAAAGCACACACGCAAAUACUUUUACUAUGUGGCAUCGGGCACCGAGCAGGACGAAUUCCUGCGGCAUGUCCAGGAGGGCAUCAUUCCGACGCAGGCCACACCGAGCGCAUCGCGGCGAUCCAAAUCAGCAAAGAAGACCCGGUGCAUGGUCCCUGCCGUAGCCGUCGAGCCAGCGCUUGCGGCUGCGGCCGCUGCCAAGCGGCGGAAUCGCAGGGCCGUCAGCGCCGAUGACACGUCGGCCAUGCGCGUGGCAGACACCAGCAAUCCGCCAAAGCAGUCGUGUCCAGGAGCCAGCCCCGCGGUUAACCAUAGGCCGGUCCAGCACAGGGCGGCCCCGGCGAACAUCAUACAGCGGCGACGGCGGCGACAGCACCAGCGAUAGCGGCGACGAUGCAGACAGCAGUAGUAACCCCUAUGCACGCAAGCGCUACAAAUCGGUCCGCUCUGCAGUUUCACAGGCAUACCCACGCCGCAGAUCGCGCCUGGCAGACGAGCGGCCAAUCGUAAGCGGACUUCGUGCCAGGCGAUCU